AUGUCCUUAUAUGGCAGCAAACCAUGGAAGCAAGGACUAGGUUUAUUAAAUGCAUCCUUUGCCUUAGCAUUUUAUGUUGGAUCUGCUGCUGAGCUGCUGCUGCUGCAGCAGGAGCUGCAACGUGUUGAGCAACAACAUCCAUCUAGUUGUUUAUUAUCUGUAGGCAAAAAUAAACUUAUUAAUAAAUAUAAUAAAUAUAAUAAACAUAAUAAACAACAGCAGCAACAACAACAGCAACAGCAACAGCAACAGCAACAGCAGAGGGAGCAACAGCAAGGGGAGCAGCAGCAGCCGGAAGAGAAAGAACAACAACAGCAAGAGCAAGAGCAGCAACAGCAGCAGCAGCAGCAGGAAGAAGGAGGAGGUGGACAACAAGAACAACAACAAGAACAAGAGCAGCAACAUAGACACCAUAGGCAUCAGCACCAUAGACACCAUAAACGCCACCAUCAUCUGCUGCAGCAGGAAGAGCAACAGCAGCAGGAAGAGCAACAACAGCAGGAACAGCAGCAGCAGCAGCAGCAGCAGCAGGUGGAGAAGGGGGAAAAGAAGUUAACGGAUCAAGACAGCUUAUUGUCUCCUAAAACAGACACAGCAGCAGCAGCAGCAGAAGCAACAGCAGCAGCAGCAGCAGCAGCAGCAAGACAGGCAAGCGGUACUUCUUUAGAUGAGGAGCAGCAGCAGCAGCAGUUACAACAGCAGCAGCAAGAGCAGCAGCAGCAGCAGGAGCAGCAGCAACAGCAGCAGGAGCAGCAGCAGGAUGUUGUGGAUAAGAAUUGCUGUUUAUGCUUAGCUUUGCGCUCUUCUUCUGUUGGCCGUCUCCGUCUACCGCAGCAGAACUCCUCAUGGCUGCUGCCUCCUCCGCUGCAGCAGCAGCAGCAGCAACAACAGCAGCAACAGCAGCAUGGGGGAUUAAGAAGACAGAGAAGCUUACCUACCUCCACCUCUCCUUCCUUAGAACACUCACAGUCCUCUGAGGGCUUCGUGCUGCUGCAUGCAAAGAGCAGCAGCAGCAGCAAAUCAUCACCACGGCACUCUGAUUUGCUGACAGCAAGAACUAUUGCCUGUCUCCUUCAGCUGUCUCCGCAGCAGCUGCAGCUACUGCAGCCAGGGAGGAGGCAAGCUGCUGCUGCUGCUGCAGCAGCAGCAGCAACAGGAGCAAGGGGUGACAUUUUCUUAUCAGAUGAAUUUGUCUCCGUUCCUUCUCCUCCGCCUAGCAGCGCGAGGCGCUUCUUGCUGCCCCCUCCUGCUGCUGCUGCAGCAGCAGCAGCAGCUGCUGCUGCUACGGGCUCGCCACUGCAACAGCAGCAGCAGCAGCAGCAUAGCCACCACCCGCCUUUUCACCUAAUGAUUGUACCGCAGCAGCAAAAGUUACUGCAGAAGGAAUCCCUUGACUUCGUUACUCUUGCAAGCAGCAGCAGCAGCAGCAGCGGCAACAGCAGCAGCAGGCUCUCGUUGGAAUCGCCGAAGCAGCAGCUGCUGCCGCAGCAGCAGGAACAGCAGCAGAAGCAGCAGCAGCCACCACCGCCACAGCAGCAGCAGCAACAAAACCUUGGCGGAGCAACAGGAAUGCUUCGCUCUUUGUUCUCUCUGUCUUUCCGCGGCUACGCAAGAGGGUCUGCUGCUGCUGCUGCUGCUGCUGCACCUGUUGCUGCUGCUGCAGAACCAACGACGACCACCAGCAGCAGCACCGGCGCAUAUAGACAAGAGGGUAGUACUGUUGCUGCUGAAGAUACAGCGACGCUUUGCAGGUCACCGAGGGAGGCGCACCAUCUGCAGCAGCAGCAGCAGCAGCAGCAAGCACCGACAGUUGCCGGUGGAGUUUCUGCUUUGCCUGUGUCUCUACAUGGGCAAGGAGCUGCUGCUGCUGCUGCUGAACGUGAGCUGCCAACUGCAGCUGGACGUGGUGCUGCUACUGAUGGUAAUGCGGCAUCAGCAGCAGCAGCAACAAUAUCUGGGAGUCAGUCUUACCAGCUUCCGCAUAUCCUAUCGAGCGGUACUGUGGAGGAGCAGCUGCAACAGCUGGAGCAGCUGCAGCAGCAGCUGCAGCAGCAAAUGAAUUUGCUGCGGAAGCAGCAGCUGCUGAUGCGCCAGCAGCAGCAAGGUUCUGCUGCUGGUCAGCAGCAGCAGCAGCAGUUGCUUGGGAGCCCUCUGCUGCAUGCUCAGAGGGAGGAGUGCAUAUACAGCGCUCCAGCAGCAACAGGUAUUUCUCCUGCUGCUGCUGCAGCAGCAGUACCAGCAGCAGCAGCAACACGCGCUAGACGUGACGUGGCGAAGCAAUCGCGGGUGUCAUCCCAAGUUGCUUCUCCCCGCAGCAGCUUCCUUUGGGCAGCAGCGGGAGAAGCAGCAGAACCAGCAGCAGCAGCAGCAGCAGCAGCAGGACCCUCAAGACUUCCUGUCCUACCUGCACCAUCAGCGCCAUGCUUUGUAGGAUCCCCGAGACCUACGGACUCGGCAAUUUGUUAUUGCUGCAGUGCUGCUGCUGCUGCUGCUGCUGCUCGUUCCCCCAACCAGCGGCAGCAGCCCAGAGGGCCUAGCAGCAGGCAGCACCGCCUUGUGCCCUAUAGGGAGGUGUGGGGCGGCCUCCAUAAGUCGCCCCCCCCAAAGAAAGCAGCAGGGGCCCCCACGGGGGCUCCUUUGCAGCAGCAGCAGCAGCAGCAGCAACGGGACCAGCAGCAGAAGGGAGAGGAAUCAUCUUGGGCCUUGGCUGUGCUUCCAUCGGGAGAGGGCGAGGCUCUCACUGCUGCUGCUGCUGCUGCUGCUGCUGCAGAAGCGGAAGGCGAGAAUGGGAAGCGGAGUCUCCCAGCAGUUGCUGUUGCUGCUGCUGCUGCUGCAGCAACAGCAGCAGACAGCAGCAGCUUGGGGAGCAGCCGUACAAGCCUCAGCAACCUCAGCAGCCCAUGGACCGAUGCUGUGUCGUGUCCUGCAGCAUGGGCAGUAGCAGACACCAGCUGGUUGGAGCUGCAGCAGCAGCAGCAGGGAGACGAAGGGCAGCAGAGGCGUCCGAGUUAUUUGCCCCUGUCUUUGGUGUCUCAGCAUGCAAAAUUGCCAUUGACGCAGCUGCAGCAGACGCAACACCAGCAACAGCAGCAGCAAACGCAGCAGCAGCAGCGGGAGUGUUACGUGGAGGUCUCGCCUGUGGCGAUGCACCCGCUGCAGAGCCGGAGCACGGAAGCAGCAGCGGCAGCAGCAGCAGCGCGAGCUGCAGCAGCAGCAACAGUAGCAACAGCAGCAAAAGCAGCCACGAGCCGAUUUGCGCAGUUGGCCGCUCACCCGGUUAGACGGAGCAGUAGCAGCAGCAGCAGCAACAGCAACACAAGCAGCAGCAUCAACAGCAGCAGCAACAGCCCACAGCGCAUGCAAGUUGCAGCAACGGGGCACGAAGGCCAGCAGCGCUGCAACUGCAGCAGACGGAUGGGAUGGACUGGUGGAGAGAGCGACAGCAGCAGCAACACGAGCUGGUGCUGCUGCAGCAGCAGCCCAUCAUCCACGGAUAGGGGGAGACGUCAGCGUUCUGCUGCUGCUGCUACUAGAGGGGUACACUGCGUGCCGCCGCUGCAGGCAGUAGCAGUAGCAGCAGCAGCCGCAGCCGCAGCAGAACCUGGUGCUGCUGCUUGUGGUGGAAGAGAGCCGCCUCUUCGUCGCAGGUGCAGAAGGUUGCGUAGCAGCAGUAGCAGCAGCGGCAGCAGUAGCGUGGACAGUAGCAGCGGCACAAGCAGCUGUAGCAGCAGCAGCAGCAGCGGCGACAGCAGCAGGAGCUGCUGCUGCAGCAAACGUGCUCAACUUACAGGCCUCCCGCUGCAGUGUCUGCGCUGCAACAGCAGCACAGCAGCAGCAGAUGCUGCACCGAGCAAAUAUGACAGGAAGAUUAGAUUAAAGAAAAGAAGGCAGCAGCAGCAGCAGCCGCAGCAACAGCAGCAGCAAGAGGGAUAUGGCAGCGGCACGCUGCAGGGAGGAUUGAAGGGGGCUCCACCAGCUUGGCCAGAGGAAGCCUCGGCUACUAUGGACCAGGAGCAGCAGCAGCAGCAACAGCAGCAGCAGCAACAGCAGCAGCAGCAGGGGCAGCAGCAGGAGCAGCUCUGCGAACAGCAGCAGACAGAUUUGCUGCUGCAGCACGGGGAUGGAGAGAAGCAAACGAUGCAGCAACAGCAGCAGCAGACACAGCAGCUGUUCCUCCUCCCCUUGGCUGCUGCUGCGGAGGGAGGUGCAGCCCGUAGUGAAGCAGCAGCAGAUAGUGCAGCUUCUGUACCACUAGAAGCAGCAGCAACAGCAGCUGCUGGUGCAGUUGCUGCUGCUGCUGCUGCUACAAAUGCCAUAGGUGAUGCGUCAUCACCUGUUGCGCAACAGCAGCAACAGCAGCAGCAGCAGGAGCAACGGCAUCCAUGUGAGGUCGUUGCCGCUCCUGUUGAGUUGACACCUAAACCGCAGCAGCAGCAGCAGCAGCAGCAGCAGCAGCAGCAGCAAUUUCGUUUGCCGCUGCUGCCCAGCAGCAUCUACAGAAGCAACGACGGAUCCCAAGGACUAACGAGGAGUAGUAGUGCUCCUAGCAGCAGCAGCAGCAGCAGCAGCAACUGCAGCAGUAGCAGCAGCUGUAGGAGUAGGAGCAGGAGCAGUGGUUGCGGUAGCAGCGGGAGCAGCAGCAGCAGCAGCAGCAGCCGUAGAAGCAGUGCCCGGGGCGUGACAGGUUUGUCCAGCGUGGAAGUCCUAUAG